CAAUCUUUUAGACCACUUUUUGAAAGUUUAAAAGCCAUGGACGGGUCUUUUAAAACAAAUAUUGAUGACGAUCUAAAAGUAUUUUCUGAAUUAGUCUCACCAAUUAGAUCACCGCAUUCAACUUUAGACAAUGUUCAGAUUGUGUUACAAAAUAACCAACUAUGGAGCAAGUUUUAUCAUUUUGGGAACGAAAUGAUAUUAACUAAAGUCGGACGGAGAAUUUUUCCCGUUCUUGGUUUUUCCGUUUACGGAUUGCAACUUCAAGAAUUGUAUUCUUUUGAAGCUGAAGUAGUUCCUGCAGAUGAAUAUCGUUACAAAUAUAUUAACAAUGAAGGGUGGAAAAUAAACGGUACUGCGCACCCGCUACCUGGCAAUACUAGCAUAGCUCAUCCAGAUGGUAUUCAAAAUGGAGAGCAUUGGCUUAAAAAUGGAGUUGUUUUCAAAAAAUUAAAACUGACCAAUAAGAAAAAAUCUAAAGAAAAUUCAAAUGAGAUUCUUUUAAACUCAAUGCACAAGUAUCAAAUUCAGUUAAUUAUAAAACGAAUAGAGAACGGGGAAAACGUUGUCGAGAAAAAAAAAGUCUUGUUUAUUGAAACAACUUUUAUAACAGUAACUGCAUACCAAAAUGAUGGUGUUACUCAAUUAAAAAUCGAUCAUAAUCCGUUUGCAAAAGCUUUUAGAGAUGUGAACCCCAAUGCUUUUCAGAAUAUUAUGUAUCAUCCAGAAAAACGCCAGAAGAUAAACCAAGACUAUUUGGCCAACCUACCUGAAACCUGGUUACCAUCUAAUAUUAUUACUGACGGAUUAAACUUUUCGCAACCUUUAUUUUACCCUAGGGAAGUUAAUUUUUAUAACAAUACAAAACCAAUACUGGAAAGACAUUGGCAAACAUUUAAUGAAACCUUUGCUUUAGAUCAUAGAAUUGACCAAUACCGUUACAACUCUCCGAACGUUCUAAACAACUGUGAACAUUAUGACCUUAUGAAUUCAUGGGAUCAGAGAGUGUAGUGGGAAUUUUAAUGUAUUUGUUUUAACCAUGAGUUGUAGUAUGAAACGUAACUAAUUUUUUUUUUAAGUCAUACUAGCAUCUUAUGUAAACCCACGUCACAUAAUUGUCGGUGCAAGUUUGAAUUUUUCUGUGUAUGUUUGCAUUUUCAGUACAUUCCUGCAAUAUUAUGUUUUGUUGAGUGCAUUUUAUCUAUGCAUGUCUGCAUUUUCCAGCGUUUGUAUUCAUUCGUAUUUAUAUUUCCUGUGUUUGUAUACAUUCAUAUGUUAAAAUAGCAUUGAAGGUGGAGAAAGUUUAGCUUUAUUGCGUUGACUCAUUAAUCAUUUAUAAUUUGUUAUCUGAUCAUAACAUACGUAAUAACCACGAUUAUAGGGUAAUUAAUAAUCAAUACCACAAUAAUACCACAAUAAUACCACAAUAAUACCAUGAAUGUACGAU